AUGGUGAACAAGAUCUCUUCAACCGGGAUUUUCGGGUCCAGUGGAGGCGUCCACAUUUAUGAGGGAGCCCUCUUGCAAUACCUGAAGGAAGGACGCGCCAACGGCUGCCGUAGACCGGAGCAGGAUCCUGACGGUCAGGGAGAAGCGUUGUGGUGCAAAACCAAACUCCGUGGCAGCGGCUACAAGACGAUCAGAGUCCCCUACAGACGGCCAGCGACAGACCCGGCGACCAUCCUGGACGAUAUGCGUCGACAGGCUAACGACAGUAACCAUCUGAUUUUGGGUGAUUUCAAUGUACUUCUAAUUGACUGGGACGAAAAUCGUUGCCUGCUGGGAGCUGGCUGA